CAAAAACAAAACACAACAGAACAAGAAAGCUUGCUCUUUGUGGGCCCACUUCCGCCAUGGCCAAGAACUUGCCCCCACCUCAAAACUCCAUCAUUUCCAUCAAGAACUCUCCUUUCUCUCUCUGUCAUCAACAUUUCCACCCACAAACAUUUUCUCUCAUUUCUUUCCCUUGAGAUAUACUGUUUUAUUUUUUCCCUUUUUUGAAGUGUUCUCUUUUUUCUUUCUCAUUUAUUUUCUUAACUUUUUACUAAUUUGGAUUUGGUCCAAACCAAUCCUUCCCUACCAGUGAUAUUGCCUUCAUCUUUGGUUGACGGGUUUUUGUUUGUGUUGAAAUACCAUAUUAUUCUUUUUGUUAGAAUAUAUACUGUUUGUUCUUUAUUAUGGGAAAUUGUUGGUGUAGAGGGGAGCCUUCAGUUUACAGAGUCUCAUCAAAUGCAAAAUCAGAGUCUCCAAAAGACCAGAGCCCUUCAGGAAACCCAAUAAAGGAUAUUAAGAAGCUGCCAUCAAAUCCUGAGGAAGUAGAAUACCUACGCCGAGAUUCAGCUGCAAAUCCAUUGAUUGCAUUUACCUAUGAUGAACUGAAAGCAAUCACUGGAAACUUUAGGCAAGAUCGUGUGUUGGGUGGUGGAGGAUUUGGAAGUGUUUAUAAAGGAUUCAUUACUGAGGAUCUAAGGGAAGGACUUGAGCCUCUUCCAGUUGCUGUAAAAGUUCAUGAUGGUGAUAAUAGUUUCCAAGGUCAUAGAGAAUGGCUGGCAGAAGUCAUAUUUCUGGGGCAGCUUUCGCAUCCAAAUUUGGUAAAAUUGAUUGGAUAUUGCUGUGAAGAUGAACACCGAGUAUUAAUAUACGAGUAUAUGGCUCGGGGUAGUGUUGAAAACAAUCUAUUUUCAAGAGUAUUGAUCCCUCUUCCAUGGUAUAUUAGAAUGAAGAUUGCAUUUGGUGCGGCGAAAGGACUUGCCUUUCUCCAUGAAGCUGAAAAACCUGUUAUCUAUCGAGAUUUUAAGACGUCUAAUAUUCUACUUGAUAUGGAUUAUAAUGCAAAGCUCUCCGACUUUGGCCUAGCAAAAGAUGGACCGAUGGGAGACAAAACUCAUGUUUCGACACGCAUAAUGGGGACUUACGGAUAUGCAGCACCUGAAUAUAUAAUGACAGGGCAUCUCACUCCUAGAAGUGAUGUAUACAGCUUCGGCGUUGUUCUUGUUGAGCUUCUCACAGGCAGAAAAUCUUUAGACAAAUUGCGGCCAGCGAGGGAGCAGAACCUUGCAGAUUGGGCACUCCCUUUGCUAAAAGAGAAAAAGAAAUUGCUAAACAUUGUAGACCCAAGAUUAGAGGGAGAUUACCCUAUUAAAGGAGUACACAAGGCAGCUAUGCUAGCUUAUCAUUGCUUGAACCGAAAUCCAAAAGCUCGGCCUCUAAUGCGAGAUAUAGUUGAUUCCUUGGAGCCUUUGCAGGUUCCUGAAGAAUCUUCAAAUGGGAAAUCUGUGUUUACUGUGAUAAAUGUAGCAGAUGGUGAGUCAAAAAGAAAAGGAGAAUCACUGUAACUUGUUAUAUAAGGGUCUGAUUUGAUUUUGUUAAGCUUCUUCUUAGGGGAACGAAGAUAGUUUUUGCAUUAGAUAGCUUUUCUUGUGUAUGUAAUGCCUUCUUCACUUUUUCUUUUCUUUUUCUUUUUUUCCAGUACUCAGGCUAAGACAUGAAUAUAAUAUCAUACAAUACUGGCAGCUGAAUUAUUGUUAAAGCGAACGCAUUAUCCAUACCUUAUUUUCAUAAA